AUGUCUUACCGUGCUCCUUCUCCUCCCUCAACGGGAUAUAGUAUCAUUGAUAUUCGUGGUCCUCUCUAUGGCGGCAAGCAUGAUGCUCAAGAUGUUACUACUGCCGUUAGACCUCCUUCGCCUCAAGCUUCCGAUAACUCCGAGGAUGCUUUCAAUGGCUCUGAUUUGGUCAACACCAUUCUGGAUUCCUUGGAUAAGCCUACGAACCACAAGUCUAUUCCUACCUACAUCUUGUAUGAUAAGAAGGGUUUGCAGUUGUUUGAUCAGAUUACUCAGUUGGACGACGAGUACUAUUUGACUGGCGCUGAACUGGACAUUUUGAUCCGUAGAUCGGAAGAAAUGGUAGACCGUCUCCAAGAUGGCAGUGUCAUCUUUGAAUUGGGUGCUGGUGCACUUCGUAAGACUCAAGUUAUUUUGAGGGCCAUUGAGAAAAAGAAGGUCCAUGUGACAUACUAUGCGUUAGAUCUUGAUCAACACGAGCUAGACAAAUCACUGGCUUCGCUGGGUGAAUUCCAGUAUGUCCAACUGCACGGUCUUUUGGGCACCUAUGAUCAGGGUAUUCCAUGGGUCAGCAAACACUUUACCAACAGCAACAUCCAAAAGAACUUUUUGUGGAUGGGUAGCUCUAUUGGCAACCAAAAUCGUCUUGAAUCUGCCAUGUUUCUCCGCAAGCUUCAGCGAAUGUGUAUGGAACCUGGGGAUCUGUUUGUGAUUGGAUUCGAUAAGAGAAAUGACCCUGAGAAGGUCGAGCUUGCCUACGAUGACUCUCAUGGUGUUACGCGCGAAUUUAUUCUGAACGGCCUUGAUCACGUCAGCCGUAUUAUGGGGAAAGAAAACUUUAUGAGUCGACGUGAUUUCGACUAUCAUUCAAUCUAUCAAGAAAAGCAAGGUCGCCAUCUCUCGCAUUACCGCGCCCUAAAGGAUAUCGUGAUUUCCUACAAGACGCCUCAAAAGGAGUAUUCUAUCAAGAUACAGAAAGACGAGCUGAUACAUGUUGAACACUCUUACAAGUACUCUUUGGAUGAAAUCGAGAGCAUCUUGACGGCCGCUGAUCUCAACAUGGUGAAUUACUGGACGGACUCCAAGCAGCAAUAUCGUCUGGUGUUGGCCGAGAAUCGUCCCUUUAUGUUUGAAAGAAACAUGAAACGCAUCCAUGCACUCCUGUUUCCACCCAAGGAGGUCUUUGAUCAAGAACCAAUCAGCUGCUAUCACUGUAACGAAGGCCAGUUUGACUUGACGAGAACAAUUGAAAGCGAUGAAUCCGCUACGUUCGACUACGCAUUGAACAAGACGUGGCCUAUCGAAACGCUUCCCUCGUUGCAUGAGUGGCAAGAACUCUGGAAAUCAUGGGAUGUGGUAACACAACAGAUGCUAAACCAUCGCACGAUGCUCUUUGAACGCCCCAUCGCUUUGCGCCACCCCUUCAUCUUUUACCUUGGACACAUUCCUGCUUUCUUGGAUAUCCAGCUCUCCCGUCAUGCUGUAGACAAGGAUCUUGGUCCCACAGAUCUUACUGAGCCUGCCGUUUAUGCUGAGAUAUUUGAACGCGGUAUUGACCCUGAUUUGGACGAUCCUACUGUCUGCAAUCCACACUCUCAUGUUCCUGACAAUGACCAAGAAUGGCCCUCAAUUGCCUCCAUUUUGGCAUAUCAAAAGCGAAUCCGUGAACGCUUGCAACGUCUCUUGGUCUACUGGGAAUCUGAAGCGUUCAAAACGCAAUCUUCCAACUGGAUCGACUCAAGACAGCGUCAAGCGCGUAUUGUCUGGAUGUGUUUUGAGCAUGAGGCCAUGCACCUUGAGACUCUUUUGUAUAUGCUGAUUCAAAGCCCCAACAUCUUGCCUCCCAAGGGUAUUGCCCUGCCUUCUUGGAAGCUUUUCAUGCGCUCCAAUGCCUUGCCCCCGUUGACUCCUCUAUCUGAAUCCCCUCUGAUGAAAUUGCCUGGCGGUACCAUCUCCUUGGGUCAUGACGAUCAUGAAUCGCUCGAUCACAAAAGCAAGGAACACGAAUUUGGUUGGGAUAAUGAGAGCCCUGAGCGUCAGGUGUCGAUUGCUCCGUUGAACAUACAAACAAGACCUGUUACCAAUGGCGAAUACUUUCAAUUCCUUCAAGACACGCAAGCUGAUUUCAUCCCUGCCUCCUGGUUGAAGCAGGAUGGUCAGGUUUUUGUCAAAACUGUCUUUGGCCCUUGUCCUCUUGCCUAUGCUCAACAUUGGCCGGUGCAAACCUCUUACAAGCAAGCAGACCUCUAUGCCCAACAUAAAGGGGGUCGCCUUCCCUCUGAAGCUGAGAUGAUUCAUUUCCGUGAUGCUGCUACUACUGAAAAAUGGGCCAACAUUGGUUUUGAAAACUGGUCUCCUACUGAUGUCAGUAACGAGAGGGUGCAUUCUUUGGGUGAUGUAUGGGAGUGGACAAGCACAGUUUGGGACAAGCACGAAGGCUUUGAAGCGUCUCAAAUAUAUCCAGGCUAUUCAGCUGACUUUUUUGAUGGCAAACAUCAUGUUGUCUUGGGUGGCAGUUGGGCUACACAUCCUCGUAUUGCUGAACGUAGAUCAUUUAGAAAUUGGUAUCAAGCUGGGUAUCCUUACGUCUUUAGUGGCUUCAGACUUUGCUACUGA